UGUUUUGUGGUCAAGCAACUCCAUUAACACCGUGGCAACGUUGGCAUUGAAAAAGAAUGUAAACAGGCAGAUUUAGUCUAAUUAGUGUGUUUUCCAAGCAACAUCAUUGAAUUUUCUUUGUGAAAAAUGAGUGACUAAGAAUUUUCCAAAAUGUCGACAACGAAUAUAAACUAAACGCAAUAAAACUGGAAGCCGACAACAUUGCUUAUUCCGCUGGAAUACUAAUUAGAACGACUUGGCCAUGGUGAAGAUAUUGCAGGCAUACAAUUUUGCAAAGCAGCAGACUUAUGCACUCAAUGGCGACAUCCUGGCAGCCACCUUAAUUGGCAACAAUCGCAUCGCCAUCAGCAGCGCCGAGCAGUUCAUCGAGAUCUAUGACAUUGCUGGCAAGCAGUUGCAUUUAUCUGAACAGCAGGAUUAUGUACCGCAGGAGGAUACAUCUACAAGAGAUGCAACAGCUUCUCCGCCGCCAGCCGUAGAUGAGCGCAUGCCAGCCAGAUAUACGCUGGCCACAGUUGGCGAGGUGGUGCAGCUCAUCUACUGUGAAGCGGGCAAAUACUUGCUUACCCUGGAAAAGGAGCAGGCUGGCAGUCCAGUGCACUCGAAUAGCACCAGCAUUAGCUGCACAUCGAGCAGCAACAGCAACACAGUUUGCUCCGAGGAUGACACCAAAAUGUUUGUACGCAUCUAUGCGAACUUUUGGAAGUUUCCCGAUGCCAAGCUGAAUGAGUUGCCCAUCACCAUACGCAUUGCAUCGAUGACAACACCCAAGACGCCGCUGGUGGAGAGCAUUGAUGUGAUUGAGCUGCCGCUGCGCAGUCCACCAGAGUUGGUGCAAUGCUGUCAAACCUCGGGCAACAUCAUCGUGAGCAGCAGGGAUCGUAUCUAUCUGUACGAAUAUACACAGUGUGUGCAUGAAAAUACACAGCCGCGAUUUUCCUUCAUCGAUUUCCUACCCUUCAAGUUCUUUGUGCAACUGAACUUUGUGCCAUUACGUCUGUGUCUAGCCGAGAAUGUGAUCGCCUGUCUAAGUCAUCGCUAUUGUGUAGCUUUCAAAGUCGUGGAUGCAUUAACUAGCAAAGCAGCAGCAGCAACGGCGCAUGAUUUAAGCUGCCUGGACAACGAUUAUGCUGGCGAUGAGCCACUGUCCGAGUCACUCAGCUUGGGUAGCAAGGCGAGUGCAGCGGCUGUCAGCAGCACGCACAGCCAGCAUAGCUGUGAGAGUGACUCGCUGCAAUCCUCAAGCAGCGCCAAACCUGCACUGAUUAAUGGAACUGGUUUGGCUGGACGCACGCCACUGGAUUUUAAUGUGGCACGACUAGUGAAUACUGCAUACGGGCGUGAAUUUGAGCCGGAGUUGCGUUCGCAGUGGGACCAGUGUGAGAACGGCGGCGGUCGCGGUGGCGGUCAGGAAGACAAUGCGCAAGAGAUAACCAUAGCUCCGCAACGUGCAGCGGAUAUUAAAAUCAAGCUGAUCAACGAGGCAAAGGCCAUGAAUGUGCGCGGCAUUGCAGCCGGAGGAAGCAAUGCUUUAGAGGAUGCUUCGGUGCAGUAUGAUGUGCGAAAGUUGCUGCAAAUCUGCAUGAAGUCCUCUGAACCGCAGUCCCGGGUCUUGGACAUAUUGCGUUGUAUGGAUUUGAAGGCGAUUUACCAGCGUAGCAGCGAACAGCAAAUGGAGGAGGACGACGAGUACGACAUGGGUAAUCAGCAGGUGCCCAGUGCAGUGACCACAUUCAAGCACGUCAAUCGUCGCACAUUGAAGUCCUCGCAGCAUCAGCGAUGCAUUGGACAUGCGCUGCUCGUGGCCAGCAGCGUUGAUGGCUAUUUGUAUCAGUUCUGUGCCCAGGGCAAGUGGUACAGUGAGAACGAGAAGCCUGUGGCCAGCUAUAGCUUUACAGCGCCCGUGUUGCAAGUGCAUCUCAAUGAUUAUGUUGUCUAUGCGGUUACCUCGGAGUCUGUGGAAACGCACACUUCUCGCAUUGGCCAUAAGCUGUUCCACAAUCGCUUCGAGUACCCGAGCAUUGGUGGCCUGUUCCCAGAGGAAUCUUCGCCAGAUGUUAGCUCAGCAAUUGCAGUUAUUGGACUGGCCGCCUUUAUGCAUGUGCAGUUUGUCUGUGUCAAUCGAGAGCAGCUGGUGCUAAUCACAAAUGCCGCGCUUGAGCUGCACAAGCGGCGCAGCACUGGCGACGUGGCUGUGGUGCAGGUGAAGCGCAACAUUGCCGCCAGAUUUCUAGCUGAAGCAAAGGCUAAGCACAGCAGUUUGCUGAGAAGCAGUAGCACAGCUGCCCAAUCUUCGGUGAUCAACGAAUGGACACUGUACAGUCUGGAGGUGCCGAAGGUGGAGCACAUUAUUGAGGAUCUCGAGGGUAUUGCCGAAUCGUAUCGCAGUGCGAGUCACUCGAAUUUCUUUGAUCUUAUGGAGGAGGCUCACGUUAUGUUGCGGCUGAGUCUUACACUCCAAGGCGAGCGUCUAAGUCCGGAGCGGGAGCAGGAGCUGCGCAAGAUGUUUGUCGCCAAUUGCAGGAAGCUAGCUGACUUUUCCAUACGCUCCAAUAAGCAGGAGGUUUAUCUGCAAGCCACCGGUUUCUAUAAAAUGUGUCAGCUGCAGUUGGUGGACAUUUUCAACAACUAUAUUACGCAAUUCGAGGACAACAAGACGGAUGUCGAGACUUCGCAGCUAGUUGGUCUAAUUUACACAGUUAAACUAUUUCUGCUUGGACUCGGUACAGACCGUCGCAAAUCUUCGUUUUUGCAUCAAACCGUGCCGCCAUACUUUACACCCGCUCGUGUCAUUCAACAAGGCUACAAGCAGGUUCCACUUUCAUUGGAGUUCCUCAACAUGUUUAUUAAGCAUGCACCUGCAGAUAUACCCCACAUAAUGCUUGGUUCACCAGUUGUGGCGGAUGCCAUGAGCGGUGAAUUGAUCAACUAUCUAAAGUACUUGGAUACGCUAACACCUGAUGAGAAUUUGCUUUUGGCAGUGACAGCUUGUCGCAUGUCCAAUUACCUGCUGGCCCAGGAGACAAUCACCAGGUCAACGCGUCGCAGCUUGGCCACAGCAUUGAUUAGGAAUAAGAACGUGCUCUUCGAUGACAGCACUGUGCUCUAUCAACGACGUCAGCAAGUGGAGCAGCAGAAUCCAACACAGUUAACAACUUGCAAGCGCUCGCGCCGUGGAGCCGCACCAGCAAAGGGUAAAUCUUCAGGCGGAGGCGCUGCAACACCAACACCUAGUGCCAUUGUUUCUUUUUCGGAUUUCUGCGAAACGAUUCUGUUGGCCAACGAGCAGCCUGCAUUGAUUGAGGCCAUAAGUGAUGCCUUCAUUCAUGCGUUGUGCAUUGAGCACAGCAUAACGUUGGACGUGGUGCUGCAACUGUUCCUCAACUACAUUGCCUCGCAUAUUGGACAGAAAGGUUAUCAGACCUCGCAAAAGGUGUUUGUCAGCAUCUUGCAAGUCUAUUACUAUGAUCUCUACGAUGUGAGCUCAUCGCUGCAGCCGCAUGAGGUGCGUUCGCAAACGCCGCCACAGCUAGAUGAUGAUUACGAUGACGAAUGCAGCAGUUCGCGUGCACCUUCGAUACACAGCGAAGCGGAUGUUCAAUCACUGUCUAGUUCGUGUGCCAGUUCGGUGCCCGAUGAGCGAUCCAUUAGUGGACGACAGCAGCGAAUUGUGUACGAUCAGUUGCAGGAUCAACAAGGCGGAUCAUCGCCCUAUCAAAAGCGUAGCUCAAACGCAUCACUAUCACAACCGCAACCGGAUGAUGACAUGGCUGCAACUAAUCUCAAAGGUCUUAAGAUACUAUUCCGCAUGUAUAUGGGACGCUUGAAGUCGCUGAGUGAUCUCAUUACGGAUCUGCAGUCCGCUGAUGUAGAGCAGCAAAGUAGUCGCGAAGAGUUCCUCAAUCUGCGCAUGGAAUGCAUUGCAUAUAUGGUGGGCCUGUCACCGAAUUAUUGCACCAAGCCAAGUGUACGCAAUGUCAAUGAUCCACUAUCGAACAAAUUGGUAUUUGUGCCAUAUAUACCUGAUUAUAAGCUGCCAGAGGGCGAGGAAUUCGAGCGGCAUAUCAAUGCCUAUGUUCGACCAAUUCCCUGUCUUCUGGAAAGGCCGCAAUACUUGAAUCGUUUGCCACCCUUUGAGCGAAGCGACUUUAGUUAUCCCAAAAAGGAUGAAGGCGAGUUUGAAGUGCGCUUUACGGGCUGGCACAAUGAAUUGCUGACUUUGACUCUUAAGAUUCAAAGUCUGUUGGCAUCCAGCAAGGUUCAUCGUGAGAUCAUCUCCGAGUUUCUGGCAUUUAUACAGAAAGCACAGCACUUAAUUGGCAUUGAUAGUUUCUUGGUAAUAAUAUUACCAAAGAACUUGGCCAUCAAUUAUAUGCUAAGCUUUUGUCCGGCGUAUUUGUGGCAGUAUGGCAAGUCCUGUGGCUUCACUCCAAAACAUUGGGAAUCGCUAUUAAGGAAGAUACUUAGCAAACAGGAUUCUUUGCCGAAUUGGAAAACACAUAUUGCAGAGAUUCUCAAUAAUCUGGUAACGGAGCUUAGCUUUGAGGAGCUGCUGCAAUGCUUCCCCAGCGAAGUCAUACAGAAUCGGAAUACAGCACAAUAUUUUGCCAAGGAAUUUGCGGAAACUUGCGUUCUGUAUGAGCACGAGCAAUUGGUAUUCAAGACACCUGAGCAUGCAGCCGAUAGCAGAGAUCACUUACCGAUGGAUAACAUUGAUGAGGAUAAUGUGUUUGAGCUUACAUUAAGAAAGGCUGUUGCCAAACAGCGCAGCAUUGCAUUGCGUUCGAUGAUCGAGUCGACAGGAACUCAGCUGUUUGAUGCUACCAGUAAUCCCAUGUAUAAUCUAUGA